UCCUGUCUUGCAUUUGGCACAUCCUCACCCUGUCCCUUGGACGUCUCUCCUUCGGUCAAUAUUCAUGGAGCUCAACGUAGAGUUGGUCUCGUAUUCCGACUGGUUGGACGCGCUAGAGGAGAAUUUUAAAGACAAAACCAAAACGGAAGUGCAACUUAUGCGAGAGAAUCCAGCACUACGUCUACUCGCGUUCUUCAAGUCGGCCGGGAGAACGAUUGGACAAAAUUCUGGUAAGGAUCGUGGUCGGGAAGCGAUGGCGCUCCCGAUGAUGGAUAUGUCCAGGGCGAAGGAAAUUGCACCGAGCUUGGGCAAGCUGCAGCCGCUUGGAACAGAGGACGUUCGACACUGGCUGGAGUAUUGGAAAGGCGUGGGCUUGCUGCCCCGAAGCCCGGAUGCUACGCAUUAACUCCGUGAACCUGUACCUUAAGAUAUGUAGAUGUACCAGUGAA